AUGCUAGCAUAUUUACAACGGCGCAAGAGAUCUAUUGAAGAAUCAAAUGCAGAAAAUAAUGAGACCAAAAGCAAAAAAGUUUUGUUUCAUGACGCAGUUGAUGAAAUCAAUCAAGAUACAUUAAAGAAUACAAAUUCAAGUGGAACCAUAGAAGCCAAUAAAGUAGUUGCUAAAUCCAUACCACAAAUUUCACGUCGGACGGGUCUGUUCAAUAUCAGUAAUAUUACAAGUCCUCUUCAUAUUGCAUAUAAAUCGCAACUUUCCAAUCGCCAUAUUGCAGAUAACAAAAUUAACACGCCAGCCCAUGACGACAAGUAUUAUACAUUAAGUCAAGAAAAAGUACAUAAGAUCUUCAAUCAAACGCAAAAAACAAAAGACAAAGAAUUAUCAAAAAUGAUUGUUAAUGAACUUAAAGCAGGCACCGAGAUUGUGGGUGAUAAGCAUGCUUCUAUUAUGUCAAAUAUUACAUUCACAUCUGAAAAUGAUACUUUAACAGCAAUGGCAUUCAUUGCUGGUAAUUUAUUAAAUAAACUUUGGAAUAUAGAAAGAGAUGCAAGGGAUGAAUCAAUGGAAACUGAGAUAUUGAAACAUGAAAAGAUUUCAGAUCUAAUUGAAUUAUUCAAAGAACCAUUAUCUUUGCGACAGGAAAUAUUUCUUAAAAAUGCAUUAGAACAACUUUCUGAGGCUGUAAACUACAAUAAAGAUCCCAGCAAUGCUUCAUUAUGUGAAAAAAUUGAGAAAGCUAAGAAUUACCUAGAGGAUGCAAAAGAUUCCCAACAAAAUGAAGAUCAUAUAGGUUGCAAAAAACAUAAUGAAGAAAAUGGACCAAAACAAAAUACUAGCUUAAAAGCUAUUGAAAAAAUGAGUAACAUAUUAGGAUUAUUACAAAAAUUUGAAACUGUUCAAAAGCAUAUCAGUAAUUUAGAACAUGAACCAUUAAAUGUCGGUGAAAAUAAACCAAAGUUUAGAACGAAUUAUUCAAUGGAUGAGUUCUUAACAAAAGACGAAUCGUCUUCUUUGAAUAUAUAUGGUAAAAUAUUAGAAAAAAUUACAAAACUGAUUAUUCCAAAAAAGAAAUGUAAGAAAAUAACAAAUAGAAUAAGAAACCAGAAUAUCUUUCAAAAUAAUGAUGAUAUUAAAGCAAAACUAAAAGCUUUGUAUGGAGUCGACUUGGGUGAUAUCAAUUUGACAGUUAAAGAUAAAUUAAUAUUUGAUUAUUUAUUUAAUAUUAAAAAUCAAAGAUGUCCAAUGCAGCGAGACAAUUUAAGUCCCGUGUCUAAUACAGAAGGAGAUAUUUUACUUAAUCUCUCGGAAUUUUUCAAAGUUAAAUCUAUAACAGAUUUGGUUAACCUUUUAGAACCUAGCAAACAGCAGAAUAAUAUUUUUCGAACCAUCUUGUCUACAACUACUGCUCCAAUAACAGAAUCUACAGUUUCUGCAACAACUUUAACUGUUUUGUCUCCUGAUAAUAUGAAAUUGGAUAAAUUGAAUAAAACAAAAGAGAAAUUAAAAAAUCACUUGAAAUCUAUUAUAAAUGAUCUAAUUGAAUUACAAAAUGUAAGUGGUAUACCCGUAAAAGACAGAAAAAUUCAAAUAUAUGAUAUAUUGCCUUGUAUAUUCAAUGUUUUUAAUAAAGACUUUGGAGGCAUAAAGUCAAGUAAAUACGAAAAUCCUAUAGAAAUAGUUAAAAACUUAUUUGAAAAAAUAAAAAAAGACUUUAAAUAUAUACCACAAACACGCAGAUUCAGUUCAGUUCCUGGACUAAGGCCAAAGUCAGCUGUAAUCUGGGAGAGAGUAGCAAAAAAUUUAGGCAAUAAACAGAAAUUGAAUACACGCAGAAAUUUAGAUACAUCAACUAAAUCUUACGAAGAUAUAAAAAAAGAGAUCAAUAAAGUGGAGAAUUCUGGAUCAAAUGUUUAUAAAAAUCAGGCUAUACAAAAGAAUGUGCAUCCCGCUAAAAAACUAGUGUUACUAAAAGCCUUGAAUGAAGAUGUUAAACAAUACAUUGAUGUACUAAAAGAUAUUAAUGUAUUCGUACAUGAUAUAAAUAAUGUAGCAGCCGAUAAAAAAAUAAAUAAGUAUAAUGGUAUUAAAAAUCAAAACACAAGAAUGCAACCCCUAAAAUUACAUAAUGUCCCUCCUUCUAACAAUAAACUAAAAUUGUCUAGAGAUGAAAUAGUAAACCAGUUAAUCAAAAACCGCUUAGAGUUAUAUUUAAAGAUUAAACAUGCUGAAGGGGUCGACUUGGACGCUGAUAUAAAUUCAAGAAUAGCAAAUAAAAUUCUCAAUUAUUUACAAAAUGGGAACAAUAACUUAGCUAGGGAUUUGUAUAAAGUAUUUGUGGCCCGUAAUGAGCAAAGUAGAUUUGAUACUGUUCCACGAUCUGAUGCUGAGUUCGAUGUAGAUCGACAUUCUGAAGCAGUGGCAUCUCGGAAGGAACCUAUUAUACCAUUCGAAGAUAUAAAUUCAGACAAUAAUCCAACUAAACCAUUGACAAAGGAUCUUUUAAUUAAGCAGUUAUUGAAUAUAAAAAAUAUGUAA